GUGCGCGCGGCGGCGGCGCCGGGGGCAGCAGCGCUUCCUGCGGCUCGCGGGGGCCGCGCGGGGCCUCCCAGACCCGGCGCGGCCCGGCCGGAGCGCGAGGGGCUAAAAAAAAUAAACAGUUGAAGUCCUCUUUAUGAAACCAAUCUUCGGUCAAGUGUAACAUUUGAUGUAUGGUCUCUAAAGCCCCCCACUAUGCCAGCAGCUACCGUAGAUCAUAGCCAAAGAAUCUGUGAAGUUUGGGCUUGUAACUUGGAUGAAGAGAUGAAGAAAAUUCGUCAAGUUAUACGGAAGUAUAACUAUGUAGCUAUGGACACAGAAUUUCCAGGAGUAGUUGCAAGGCCUAUUGGAGAAUUCAGAAGCAACGCAGACUAUCAGUACCAACUCUUACGCUGCAAUGUCGACUUGCUAAAAAUAAUUCAACUAGGACUGACGUUUAUGAAUGAGCAAGGAGAAUACCCUCCAGGAACUUCAACUUGGCAAUUUAAUUUUAAAUUUAACUUAACAGAAGAUAUGUAUGCUCAGGACUCUAUCGAACUGUUGACAACAUCUGGUAUCCAGUUUAAAAAGCACGAAGAAGAAGGAAUUGAGACACAGUACUUUGCAGAACUGCUCAUGACAUCAGGAGUUGUACUGUGUGAAGGAGUCAAGUGGCUUUCCUUUCAUAGUGGAUAUGACUUUGGCUAUCUAAUCAAGAUCCUGACAAACUCCAAUUUACCUGAGGAAGAGCUGGACUUCUUUGAGAUACUGCGAUUGUUUUUCCCUGUCAUCUAUGAUGUAAAAUAUCUUAUGAAGAGUUGCAAAAAUCUGAAGGGUGGGUUACAAGAAGUGGCUGAGCAGUUAGAGCUGGAAAGGAUAGGACCACAGCAUCAGGCAGGAUCCGAUUCUUUACUCACAGGAAUGGCCUUUUUCAAAAUGAGAGAAAUGUUCUUUGAAGAUCACAUUGAUGAUGCCAAAUAUUGUGGCCACUUAUAUGGUCUUGGUUCGGGGUCAUCUUAUGUACAGAAUGGCACAGGAAAUGCUUAUGAAGAAGAAGCCAACAAACAGUCAUGACAUGAAAUGAAAGGCCGUCUUUUUGACCUCCACAUGCUUGUAUAUAGGUUUUAUCUCUGGUUGAACCCCUUGGACAAUUAAGGCUUUUUUCCCCCCUUUCUCAGCACACUUUCUUUUCUGCCUUUCUAUGUACUAAACUUGACUGUUCCUAUCACAGAUUUUGAUCUUAAUAUUGAUACGUAAAAUUUUCUGGGUUACAUUUUGGCCUCUUAACAAGCCCAUUUGUAAAGAAGCAUGUAUAGGAUCAGUGUGGCAGAGAGAAGGGGAAAGUUGAAUCAUAAUGAAUAUUCUGGUAAACUUGCCUACAUCGUUCUUCCAGUUUUUUGUCUUUCCCCUCCCUUCUCUAAAUUAAUUGGCUCUGAUUAUAACUAACUUCCCCCUUCAUGUCUGUUCUUUCCAGUAUGCAGGCGUUUUAGCUAUUCAAGAUUGUGGACCAUCAGAUUUGCACUUUAGAGAGUGACUCUGACUCAGAUCCUCUGUUUUAUUUGAAGUUUGUUUUGGUUUUUUCUUUUGCCCUCAGCUAGAAAACAAUCAUCUGCCAAGUUCAGCAGCUUCAAGCUGUAUUUUCUUGGUAUCUCAACCCACACAACGGGACUUAUUUGCUGCAUAAUCUCUGUUUGUUCAAGCAAAACAAACUACUGAAAUCAUAGUAAUUGCUCUUACUUUAGUAGUGUUUGGUCAUCUUCCAACACAUACUGCACAUGUCAACUGCUGGUUGGCCUGCUGCUUUAAAACUGCUCUGUGAUGGGGGAAAGAGGCUUGAAAAAACAGCUUUACACCCUUCAGGAGAAGAACAGCUAUGACUUUAGCCUUUUUGCCAUUAAGCUGAGAGUUGAAGGAUAAUGGAAAAGUAGGAGUCUUGUAAUGGCACAUUUCCCUUGAUUAACCUCGUGGCUUUUAUCCUAGUAAUGUACACCUCAGAUAUUUUUUAUGAAGUCAUAUUUAUUAUGUACUUGAUUUCAUGAUUUUUGUAAGUCAGUUUAGUUGAAGACGAACCCCAAAGAUCUGAAAAAUACUAUUUAAUUGAAUUAUUGAAUUAGAAGGACAAUUAAAUCAUGCCUUUUUGUAGUUGUUACAAAGACAGAUGUUAAAGAUAUUUGUUGUAAGACAACAAAAUAUAAAUAACUUCCAGCUAAUAAAGUUACCUGAGGAGUGUAAUGCUAGUUUAUUUUUGAGUAUAUCUUACAAUAUAUUUUAGAUAUAUUGUUUCCAAGGACCCUAAAGUAUGUUCUUAACUCUGCAUAGCAUGUGUACAGAGCAGUUGUGCAGGAAGGAUUUUUGGUAUUGAAUAGCUAACUAGUAGCCUGGAAUGACGGAAUGCGUGACAUUGUGUGUCUGCGUGUGCGCGCGUACGUGUGCCUGACACGGAAAUCAAUGGCAGAAAAAUCUCCACAUGUUCGCCAAUUACUCUGUUUUAUCUUGUACUGAAAAGCAAAAAAUCAAACUCCUUUUUCUCAUUGAAUUAUGAUGAUGUAACUGGGCGGUCCUUUUUAAACAAGUAAUUUGCAUAACAGAGGGUAUUUGUUUUUAAAGCUUUUGUAAAUAAAGGCCUAAGAAAUGUUUUCUUACAUAACAACAGA